AUGAACUACAUGCCGGGCACCGCCAGCCUCAUCCAGGACAUCGACAGUGAGUACCGCGGCGCGACGGAGGCGCCUGGGCGCCUUUCCUCCACCCGAGACCGGCGCUCGGCGGCUCCUCCUCGGGAAGCCGUGCCAAGCGCCGCCCUUUCCUUUCCUUCCCCCCGCCGCCUCCUCUUCCCUCCUGGCUCUCCGCUUUCGUUAUGCCCCCUUUCCCCUUCGCGACCCCUUUUUCCUUUCUCAAGCCCCCCCCCCCCCGCAUCCGCAGCUUGGAAGCAACAUAGAGGCUGCCUAAUACAUCUUUGCGCGCACGCUGCACCUUCGGAGCACAGCUCCUGAUGCCUCGAAGAAUUCUGGGUACUGUAGUUCGCUAAGGGUCGCUGGGCGCUGUAAUUAGGUGAGGGGGCAAACUACAGCGCCCAGGAUUCUUUGAGGGAAAGAAUGCGAUUCAGAGGUAUAAGGCAGCAGCCUUUUCAGACACUGUUUCGUUUACAGUGGUACCUCGGGUUACAGACGCUUUAGGCUAACCCAGAAAUAGUGCUUUAGGUUAAGAACUUUGCUUCAGGAUAAGAACAGAAAUCAUGCUCUGGCAGCGCGGCGGCAGCAGGAGGCCCCAUUAGCUAAAGUGGUGCUUCAGGUUAAGAACAGUUUCAGGUUAAGAAUGGACCUCCGGAAUGAAUUAAGUACUUAACCCGAGGUACCACUGUAACUGCAAACGCGUGUUUGGGGUCCCGUUUCAAACCCCAUGGGUGGUUGGCAUCGGUCUGUCUCAGGAGACAACGGAGGAGUGUGCCUCUGGGGGUGAAGUCAAACCAUUGGAGAGUUACAGCGCCUGCUGUGGCUGCAAAGACGUUUUGUUUCAGGUGCGGCAGAUGAAGGCAUCCCACUUUGCUGCUGCAACGGGUACCAUGGCGCUUCUCUCUGCACUCCUCCCAGCAGUCAUUCCUCCGCUGGUCAGGUGGUACCUCAGAUCAGUCCGUGACUCACCAAGCCAAAGACCAGUGGUAUAGUACGCACGCAGCCUCCCCAACCACGUUGGGUUAGUGUUGGCAACACUGGCUGGCAGCCGCUCUCAGGCUUCCAGGCUGGGAACAUUCAAAGCCCUAUGUAGAGAUGCUGGGGGGAUUCCUUUGGAUCAGCCCAUUCCCCCAAACAUAGGAAGCUGCCUUAUAGUCAAAGCAGCGUUUCUGUCAACUGAUCCACAAUUCUCCCCCUGCCCCAUUAUGCAUCAGUUCUGCAAGGAUGGGGAGGCUGUGGCCCUCCAGAAGUUGCUAGACUCCCAAUUCCUAUCAGCUGCAGCCAGCAUGGCCGAUGGGAGCUGCAGUCCGGCCACAUCUGGAGGGCCACAGCUUCAAUAACCCUGCCCUAUUGGAUCACACUUCCAGCCCAACACCUGGUUUUCCCCAUAGCCAACUGGAGAUCUUUAGGAAGCCCAAAGCAGGGCAUACGGCUCUCCCACCUAUGUUCCCCAACAACGGGCAUUUCAGCAUUUUCCGUGGGAAAAACUUCAGUGAUCUAAUAAGCAAACCUUUAGUUGGCAGAGUGGGUGACACUGGCCGCCACUAACUUGCUUCUACUGCAAAGCUGAACUUGUGGGUUCUUCUUUUUCUCACAGUUUAUAGUCAGACUAUGGAACUUGCUCCCACUGGAGGCAGUGAUGUCCACCAAAUAGGAUGGCUUUAAAAGACGGUUAGACAGAGUCUUGGAAGUGAGGGCUAUCAGUGGCUACUGCCUCCACAGUUGGAGGCAUUAAUGCUUCCAAUUACUAAUUGCUGGAAACUAUGGGAGGGUGGUGCUGUGGUCUAAACCACUGAGCCUCUAAGCUUGCCGAUCAGAAGGUUGGCGGUUCGAAUCCCCGUGACAGGGUGAGCUCCUGUUGCUCGGUUCCUGCUCCUGCCAACCUAGCAGUUCGAAAGCACGUCAAAGUGCAAGUAGAUAAAUAGGUACCGCUCCGGCGGGAAGGUAAACAGCAUUUCCAUGCGCUGCUCUGGUUCACCAGAAGCGGCUUAGUCAUGCUGGCCACAUGACCUGGAAGCUGCACGCCGGCUCCCUCGGCCAAUAAAGCGAGAUGAUCGCAGCAACCCCAGGAUCGUCCAUGACUGGACCUAAUGGUCAGGGGUCCCUUUACCUUUUAUGGGGGGGGAGAGGGCUUGUGUUCUGAUUGCUGAUUUCCCACAGGCAUCUCACUGGCCACUGUAAGAACAAGAUGCUGGACUAGAUGGGCCCUUGGCCUGAUCCAGCAACCUCUUACAUUCUUAUGUUCACUAAUGAAGCUUUCCCUUUUUAUUUUCUCCCAGAGAAACACUUGGUCCUCCUCCGGGACGGUCGGACGCUGAUUGGAUAUUUACGCAGCAUCGAUCAGUUUGGUAUGCCAACAUAAACUUACCUUUUGGGUGCUAGCCUGUUUCAUUCUGCUUUGUGUGGGCUGUAUUUGACCAUGAUCAGGAAUCCAGCAACGGAAUAUGCAUGUGUGUGAAGGGAGAACUUUGCAUUCUAAUUUACUUGACUGUAUUUAUUUAUUUAUUUAUUUAUUUAUUUAUUGCAUGUAUGUGUCACCUUUUGCUUCCAAGGAACUCAAGUUGCCGUGCAUUGAUCUCCCCCUCCCCAUUUCACCCUCAAAGCAACCCUGUGAGGUAGGUUAGGAUAAGAGAUGGUGAGGGGCCCAAGGUCACCCAGUGAACUUCAUGGCUGAGUGGGGACUGCAGCAGUUGCUGUCCCCAAAGGGAGUGGUUAUGGAAUAGUUGUGAAGACUUGAGAUACAAAUAAAGAGGUCCCUGAUCAGACUCUCAUCCUUUCCAUGAACGCAUCAGGUUUGACUUAGGAAAACUCCAUUCUUUCCUCAGCCCCAUUUCCCAUUGUCACAUAAGGUCAAAGUAAUCUCUUAUCUUAGUGUUAACAUUAAGCAUAAUAAGAUGAUGGUGAUGAUUAUUAUUUAUACCCCACCCAUCUGUCUGGGUUUCCUCAGCCACUCUGGACAGCUUACAGCACAUUAAAAAUUGUAAAACAUUAGACAUUAAAUUUUUUCCUAAACAUGGUUGCCUUCAGAUGUCUUCAAAAAGUCAGAUAGUUGUUUAUUUCCUUGACAUCUAAUGGGAGGAUGUUCCACAGGGAGGGCGCCACUACCGAGAAGGUCCCCUGCCUAGUCUAGUUCACAAAUAGCAGUAAAUUUCUGCUUAUUAAACUACAGUUUAUUAAAUCACAGCUUUGUGUUCUAGAUGUGAACCUAGCUUAACUGGGGUUUGUUUACUGCCAACAAUCUGAAGCCAUGGUUUUCUUGACUAUUGCACCCCAAACACUCACCAAACUACCAAGGCACGAGAUGAGAGCAGCUGGAAAACAAACUAAACUUUAGCAAAAUGGAAUGUGGCUUGUUUGAUCUUUUGUAGGGCAGCUCAUGGAAUGUUAGAAAGUAUUGGAGGGUUUUGACCAGGUGGCAGGUGUGGUGAUGACUCUGCUUAGGAAGCCAUUGUUUUUUCACUCUCUUCUCAUGACACAUUACUUUCAUCAUUUGUGUAAGAAGUUUUGCGGAGUCUCCAGGAAGUGCUAAAUAAAGAUGGCAGAUCGGACUCUGAUCUAGGAGCAGGGCGCUGGGGAACCUUCCAGGGGCCACCUGCUGGUGUGGCCAGAGGGAGAAGUGGUCAUAAUAGUGGAUAUGGCUUUGAGCAAUAGGCUGAAUUUUAGCCCCACAAAAGUCAGGUUUCUACACACUUCUUCCCUCCAGGCUCCCACAUCUCUCCUUUUGCCAUCCAGGCAAAGAGGCAUUCUCAUGGUUUGAGGACAUAUUCCAAUCAUUAAAAGCAUUCAGGGAAGGUGUAGGGUAAGACUGGGGAGGCGUGUGGCCUGGGGAAAAUCCCAAGGGCCAAGUAUAAACGUCUGGAGGGCCACCUUUGGCCCCUGGACCUGAGGUUCCCCACCCCUGUCUUAAAAGCAUGCCCACACACUGAGAUCUGCACUUGCACAGUCGUGAUGGAGUUGGAGGUCAGACUGAGCAGCUGCUGUUUUGCCCGAGCGCUCUGUGUGUUUGUCCUCCCUCAACUAAUUAUGAUCAAUAUGAAGCCUGGUGCUGCUUGUAUGUGUAUGCAUUCUUUUGGGAAAGAAAAAGCCAGCUUUCUGCUUUCUAAACACUGCAUGAGGCCUGGGAGAGCGUCUCUCCACCCCCACUCCCCGAUCAGAUUAGCGUCAGAGAAUCCUUGAACCUCAUGUGGCGCCUUCAGCAGAGAUCAGAUCUUCCCAAGGCUGGCUACAAGGUUAAACAGGAUUUUUUAUGCAAGGUUAAACAGGGUUUCAGUGGAAGACAGGAGGGCCUGGUGUGCUCUGGUCCAUGUGUCGGACAUGACUAAAGGACUAAACAACAACAAAAACACAGGGUUUUGUUUUCCUAUAGCCUGCCCCCCUUCCCAGGAAGUGAGCUUAUGUGGUGCCAGUGGCAGGGAUGCACGAAGCUGCCAUCUUAAAUUUCCCACAGUGCCCUGGGAACAGCGCUGCAUUAAGUGCCCUGGGGCAUUAUGGGGGAUUUAAAAUGGCAGCGGCUUGCUGCUGCUUCCAGGAAAGCCUGAAGCCAAGAAAAGCCCACAACAGACAUUGGUGCUGGUGGGUCCAGCUGCGGUGUUGAGGCCCUGACAGCUACUCAGAACACAAGGGCUAUGCAAGGACCUGGAGGUGCCUAAACUGCCUCUGAAGCUUAGCAGGAUGUGUAGGGAUCAGCUAGAAUUCUGUGGUGGGCAGUCUGCUUGCAUGAAGAAUGUCCCAGGUUGAAACUCUUCUAGUUAGAGGGGUCAAGCGUUAUGGAAGAUGGCUGUGUGAAAUCCUGGAGCGCUGGUUCCAGUCAGAAAUGAGGCGGCCCUGUAGUCUGACUUGUUGCAAGGCAGCUCCCACCUUGUGUUUAUUUUACAGUCAUACCUCGUGUUACGUUUGCUUCAGGUUGCGUGUUUUCAGGUUGCGUCCCGCGGCGACCCGGAAGUAACGGAAUGGGUUACUUCCGGGUUUCGCCGCAUGCGCAGACACACAAAAUGAUACCACGCACAUGUGCAGAAGUGGCAAAUUGCAACCUGCGCGUGCGCAGACGUGGGUUGCGUUCUUUUCAGGUUGCGAACGGGCCUCUGGAACGGAUCCCGUUCGCAACCAGAGGUACCACUGUAUUAGAUUUUCAUUGCACUUACUAAUUUAUCCCAACUUUUUCCACAAGACAUAUGCGGUUAAUCCCUCAUUUAAUCCCUGCAACAACCCUGUGAGGUAGGUCAGGCUGAGAGGCUCUGGCUGGCCGCAGGUGACCUGGCUGAGGGGGGAAUUUGAACCUUGGUCUCCCAGCUCCUAGUCUGAAACUUGAGCCACUAUGCCACACUGGAACCCGGGGACAAAAGUGCCACAGCCAUGGAGAUCUCUGUCAGCCUGCACCACUAGAGGGAGCCUUAUGCUUAAAAAGGAGCUUUUGACUCAAGAAAAAAACAGGGAAAAACAGGAGUCUCUUUUUUAGAUGAAAUCCUUGUACAGUGGUACCUCUGGCUGCGAACAGGAUCGCAACCUGAACAGAACGCAACCCGUGUCUGCGUGUGUGUGGGUCGUGAUUCGCCGCUUCUGCGCAUGUGUGUGACGUCAUUUUGCGUGUCUGCGCAUGCGCGAGCAGCAAAACCCGGAAGUAACCCAUUCUGUUACUUCCAGGUCACCGCAGGACUCAUCCUGAAAAUGCUCAACCUGAAGCAAACGUAACAUGAGGCAUGACUGUACUAGGCAGCCCUAAGAUAUCUGGGUAGGCCUUUUAAGAAGUGGAACCAUGAAGCUCCAUCCAACUGAGUUUUUCUCAGAGUCGCUCCAUUUAAGCUAACAGAUCAAAUCAUUGGGUCUGCUCUGAGCAGGACUAGCAUUGUGUCCUUCUAAAAGCUUGACACAAUGCAGUUAAGAUGCAAUCCUCCUCUAGCUCUCUUCAGAAACUCGGCUGCAGGCCUUCCUUCCCUGUAAGGGUGAAAGUAGCAUCUUGAGAGCCAGCACAAUGGAUGUUGGGUUCGGGGCUGAGGGGACUUGACUUUAAAUCCCUGCUCUGCUACAAAGGCGGCUGGUUGUCCUUGAGCAAGUCCGGCUCCAUCUUCCUAACCUAGCCCAGCCCUCAUGGUGGUAAAAUAAUAUUAUGCCCGCUUCCUUUCUACGAAGGAAAGGUGAGGUAAGAAGAGUCUUGCUGGAUCAGCCAUAUGAGAACCUCAUCCAGCGUCCUGUUCCUAUGAUGGCCAGUCUGAUGCUUCCACAAAGCCCAGAAGCUCUGCUUGAAGGCAAUAGCUCUUUCUCAUGGAGUGCCUCCGGUUACUGGUGUUUAGAGGCAUAUUACGGCCACAUUCACAGCAUACAUUUAUAAAGCCCUAUGAUACAGCUUUAAAGUCAUAGCUUCCCCCAAAGAAUUCUGGGAACUGUAGUUUGCUAACAGUGCAUAGAGCUGUUCCCAUCACUUGGCAACGAUUCUCAGAGUGGUUUAGUAGUCAAUCCCUCUUCCCAAGGAACUGGUUAUUGUAGUUCUGUGAGGGGUGAAUAGGGGUCUCCUUAACAACUCGCAGGACCCUUUCUGUACCCUGUUGUGUCCCCAUCUUCUUUCCUCUGGGCCAGAAAAUUAGAUUUCUCGCUAAGAACGCAUUGAAUUCCUACUGAACAAGAGCCAUUAGGUUGAUGAAGAAAUCAUUAUUAUUACUCAUUCUUGUUGGUUUUUUAGAACCUCUCUUCCACAUUGUACUGCUCAGUUCAAAAUACAAACUUUAGACCAGCACUGCAAUUUAGAAAUUGGGUUUUUUGAAUGAACAAAGUUUGAACAGAAUGUGCCUAGUGGAAACUAAUUUACAGGGAAAUUCCUAUUAGGAUGGAUCCUCCACAAUCUUCUCAGUUACUUAUAAACUAGGAACUACUUAGAUCAGCUACAGAAAGGGUGGGAUACAAAUUGAAUAAAUUGAAUAAAUAUAUAAAAAUAGACUUGCAAUACAUCCAUGAUUUUUGAAUUAUUGUAUGACGUUAAAACAAUUACACUAAGGCGUUUCUAAGGACAAUUUAUUAUAUGCCUUAGCAACUAGCUUUCUUGAAUUGCCUCUGUUGAUGUUUAAUAGGAGACGAAAUGAGAGCAGGGCAUUGGCAGCACUGGUGUAAAAAGUAAGGAGCAAUACAUCACAGAAUGUUGAAUAACUCCUUUUUAUAGUUUCAAAUGUGAAAUGCCCCCUUUUGAUUGCAUUUGAUUGAUGAUAUUAACAGUGAAGAUAAUAGAAUAGAAUCCCUCAGUACUAAACUGGAAGGGUUUAGUCUUAAUGUUUUGUCUUAAUGCUGGCUUCAUGCAGCCUUGCUCGUCAUGCUAUAAAAUCAGAUUACCAUGUGCAAAUGUAAUAGAACUAAUAAGAGACAUCAUGUGUCAUAUUGUGCCAGUGAAUCCUUUGGUUGUCUUGUUGGGUUAUGUGAAACAACACUUAGCUAAGGAAUUUGAAGAUCAGUUUUUGCGUAUAAGAACAUGGGGGUGGCGUCAUGACUUCAAGAAAGCCAUUGGAUGUCCCUGCAAAAAUAGAAAUCAAAGUCAUGGACUAUGGUGGACUUCACAAAACCAGCCAACUUGAUUUUGAUCAGAAAUUGAAGGCAAAUGAGUGGUGUUGUGGUGAUUAAUAGAGUUUUGGCAGGAAAAAUCUCAAAGUUUGUGCCAUCUUUAUAUUUAUCAUUUCACAAUGCAGGUUCUCUUUCUUUGUUAAAGAAGCUUGUAUCAUUGAACUAAUGCAAAGCCAUAAUAGAUGCCAGCUUUGGUAAGGUCUCUGCUGCAUCUUGGUUAUUGAAUUUGCUCCUUUGAGGGUACAGUGGUACCUCGGGUUAGGUACUUAAUUCAUUCCGGAGGUCCGUUCUUAACCUGAAACUGUUCUUAACCUGAAGCACCACUUUAGCUAAUGGGGCCUCCCGCUGCCGGAGCAUGAUUUCUGUUCUCAUCCUGAAGCAAAGUUCUUAACCCAAGGUAAUAUUUCUGGGUUAGCGGAGUCUGUAAACUGAAGCGUAUGUAACCUCAAGCAUAUGUAUCCCGAGCUACCACUGUAUUAGAAUUUGCAUACGGCUGUUUUCUGUCUACACUAUGAAGAGCAAAACUGGGAUUAUGAUAUCUGGCUUUAAAACUCCCAAGUCCGAAGAUUUGGUCCAUUUUGCUUAAUAUUUACACCAUUGUAAAUAUGGUGUUCAUAUUUCAACUAGUGGGUCCAGGGAACUCAAUAUUGUGUCUCAGAUUGACCUAAGGUGGGUCAUAAGAGCAGCAUUAUCACAACACAAAUAUAUGGCAAAAGUAGUAAGAAAUGACACUUCCAUGUCUAUGUUGGGCUAUAGAUAGGUCCUGGGAAAGGCUGAAGAUUACUCACUGUCUGACUGUCAGCAACUCUCCAGAACUUUUUCAGCUCUGCAUGGGACUUAUACCAGGAAUAUUGAACCUGGGACCUCUGCAGGUAUCCAUGUACUUGGCCACUGAGCUAGAGACCUUCUAUGUGAAGGAGAUCCAGUUGAAAUGGACUGCCUCAUGAUGUCCAGCCCACCCUCCUUCUCAGGGAACAAGGGUUUAAUGCUUUCCCAUUCUGUCCUGACAUGAAUAACAUCCUGAAAGUUUUUAAUUUUGACGAAGGGCUGUAGCUCAGUGUGUAGGCUGAGUGCGUACUUUGAACAUAAAAGCUUCCAGAUUCAAUAAUUGGCAUCUCCAGGAAGAGUUGGGAAAUAAUCCAUAGACUCUGGAGAGCUAUGGCUUCCUGAAGAUCAGCUGUCAGUUCCAAUGCAGCAUCUAGUUAUUCAGAAAAGUUGUGAAAUCUAUGGGCAACUGUGUGCCAGAUGAAGCUUUGUCCAAGGCACGGACAUGAGCACAAGCGUCCUCUGGCAUUGCCUUACCUAAUUUCUCUGCUGCCGGCUAUUGCUCCGUGCCCCUUCAUUACUUGAAGACCUGCCACAUUGCCGGAAAAUCCUAAUAUGCAAAAAUCCAAAUAUUACAAUACAGAUGUAUGACAAUUUCCCUAGGAAAUUCUGUAUAAAACCUUGCCUUUUCUAAGGGGAGCGUGCGGGGUUUGUUUUGCUUUGUUCCUGGGACAAAAUAUAUGCCAAAAUGUUUUAACUGUUAAAACCAAAGGUUGCAUUCAGCUAAGGCCUACUCUAGAGUACACCAAUUAAUGAACUUAAUGAACUUCAGUUAGUCAUAUCCAUUAACUCCACUGGGUCUCCUCUGAGUAGCACUAGCAUUAAAUAGUGCACAAAAACAUUCAGCAGGCUCCUCUUUUAUUCCUAUGAAAAGAAAUAAAUUCAGGAGCUGGACUACUGAUUUCUGCCCACAGCAGCAGGGCUGUGACAUAGUCCUCGAAAUAAUCUCAGGCCAGGAACAUCUUGAAAUCUGAGUAUCUACACACAGAUGAGGGAUCUGUGGUGCUCUAGAAUACAACUCCCAUCAUCCCUGAGCACUGUCGUCUUGCUGGUUGUGGCUGAUGGGAGUUGUAGUCCAACAUCAUCCGCAGGACCACGGGUCCUCUGUCCCUGAUCUAGAGGGUGCCCUAAGUCUUCAGAAUGAGUGCCUGCGUGCCUGUAGCCAGGAACCAGCAGUCAACGUUCUUAUCUGAAUAAUCUUCCACUUCACUUUACACGCUGGGAGCUCCUGGCUUUCUUCAAGAUAAACUAGUUUAUAAUUAAGGCCUUGCUUGGCAAAUAGUUGGGUUUUUAGUCAUAUGCAGCGCAUAAGAACAUUGCUCAGUAAUUUUUAAAAGCCCUUGUAAACACUGGAGAUAGUGUCAGGAUGUACUUUCUGUCCGGCUAAAACCUCUUGAAAGCUGCCUAAUAGGUCCUCGUGAUUUUUUGGUUCUUUAAAAAAAAAUUACUGUUGCCAGUUGUGACAUUAGAGCUACAGGACUGAAAUAGUUCUCUUCUCUACACACUCCCCCCUUCCCCUCCCCGAUCAUUAAAAAACAACCACCAUCUAGGCCAUUGCUCUAGAAUAAGCAAUGUUGUUCAUGACUAUGGAAUAGAAUAGGGCCUUCCGAAGAAGAUUGUGGCUGCCGGGCUUACUUGCAUUUUUCCCUUGAAGAGCUGGACAUUGUUAUUCUGUCUGUGCAUUUUUAUUCAUCUUGCUCUUACGACUGUUUUUAAAUUUUAAUUAUUAUCUAUCUAUCUAUCAUCUAUCUAUCAUAUCUAUCUACCCAUAUAUACAUAUAUAUAUUUGUAUUUGCAAGUCUCAUUAAAGAAUGAAGAAACCAAAAAGAAAGAAAAAAAUGGAUUUGGACAAGGCUGUAGAAUGGUAAAGGUAAAGGGACCCCUAACCAUUAGGGGUUCCUAAUGGAACCCCUAAUGUUCUUGGUAGUUCUUGAAGCUACCAGCAUGAGUUUGACCAAACUGCGGGAGGCAGUGGAAGACAGGAGUGCCUGGCGUGCUCUGGUCCAUGGGGUCACGAAGAGUCGGACAAGACUAAACGACUAAGCAACAACAACCAUUAGGUCCAGUUGUAACUGACUCUAGGGUUGCGGCGCUCAUCUCGCUUUAUUGACUGAGGGAGCUAGCGUACAGCUUCCGGGUCAUGUGGCCAGCAUGACUAAGCCGCUUCUGGCGAACCAGAGCAGCGCACGGAAAUGCCGUUUAACUUCCCACCGGAGCGGUACCUAUUUAUCUACUUGCACUUUGAGGUGCUUUCGAACUGCUAGGUUGGCAGGAGCAGGGACUGAGCAAUGGGAGCUCACCCCAUCUCGGGGAUUCGAACCGCCGACCUUCUGAUCGGCAAGUCCUAGGCUCUGUGGUUUAACCCACAGCGCCACCUGCGUCCCUUUGUAGUGUUACCCCUCGCUUAAUUUCCUUCCCCUUCUGCAGCUGAUCUGCAUCUGCUUUGAUUGGGGCAAGGACCUGCCGUACCUGUUCUUUGCAAAGUGCCACAUACAUAGGUGAAGCCAACAGCACUUCAGUAUGUUCGCUCCCCAACACACACGUAGUGACAGUAAAAUUCAAACCCCAUAUAGCUUCCACCCCAGUUUUGAAGCUGUCCAAAGCAAGAUGGCCUUUACUUAUGGUUGUCCUGUAAGUUGUCAAGUAACCUCGGAAGGCAAACAGCCAUCUCCUUCAGGUCACCAGGCCUGAGAGCUUUUGGGGAACCAUAUGGGGGUUCCUUCAUGGGGUUGAUGUUAACUUCACAAAUGACUGAGAUUGAUGGGUCUUGGCACAUACUGAUUAAGAACAGAGAGUGUCCAUAGGCAUCUGUUGGUCAACAUGAUCCUGGAUGAGAUAGGCCUUUGGUGUGAUCUAGGAGGGCUCUAUAUAUUUUAUUUGGCUUCCGACUUGCAUGGACUUUGUCUUCAAAGUCACCAAUGUGAUUUAGAAAUUAGAAAUACUUUGUCACUUGUACAACUUGUAUACAGUGAGAUUACACGAGCAACCCCCCCCCUCAGCUCUCUUAGUCUUAAUUCCCCUCGUUUACUGACACACACCCACCAAACCCGAAAAUCAGUUGCCCUGUUGUUAUCUUUUCAUUCAGCAGCCUAACAGCCCAUGGAUAGAAGCUGUUCUUUACCCUGUUGGUGCGACUAAUCCUGCUUCUGUAUCUUCUGCCUGAGGGCAGGAGAUCAAGGAAGUGCCGGCCAGGGUGUGAAUCAUCCCUGAGAAUUUUCCUCUCUCCUGAGGCAACGAUCUUCCGCUAUUUCAUCCAGUGGAUUCACGGGACAGCCGAUAAUAUCUUGUGCUGUAUUCAACACCCUCUGUAGGGACUUCCUAUCAGAUGAUGUCAAACCAGCAUACCACACCGUGAUGCAGUAUGAAAGGACACUUUCUAUUGUUGACCGGUAGAAGGAGAUCAUCAGAUGUUCUUCCGCAAUACUCUGAGGAGAUUAGUGCUUGGGAUAUCAACAUGGCAUUACUCCUUGAUUGUCUGGCCUUUGGCUCAUCUUGCCCAGUACUCUAUCCUGUGGUCCCUUGCAGGAGCCUUUCCAGUUAGAGGAUGUCUGAGGGAGGACAGGGGUGGAACCUGGAACCUUCUGCAUGCAAACUACGGCCCUCUCAGAGCACUCACAAAACUGCUGACAAUUGCUGUCAGAAAAUGAGGGGGUUAUGUCUUUUGGUUCUAGUGCCAUUCCACACCGGGGGCAGGGGCGUUUUGAGAGAAGAUGGUUCUUAGAAGCUUGAAUCAUAUUGAAGGCUGGUAGCUGCACAUUCAGUUUUCAAUGCCUGUAUUGCCACACAUUUCUGUCUGAUUUUCCAUCUCCAUUCCUCUCUGUCUCUCCCUGAACCUUGUAGCAAACCUGGUGUUGCACCAGACAGUGGAGCGCAUUCAUGUGGGCAAAAAGUACGGUGACAUCCCUCGGGGCAUCUUUGUGGUGAGAGGCGAGAACGUCGUACUUCUGGGAGAAAUUGUAAGUAAACCCUGUCACAUAGACUUCCUUUGGGGCUUAUUGGGCAGUGGUAUCUCCUGCCGUGCUCAGUUUUGUCGGUGGAGAAAGGCUUGUCCUCAAUGCCAUUUUUCCUUCUCGUGCAGCCCUGCAGUUAAACACUAGCCUAGCAAGUGAUUAUGAAUAAAUUGCGAUCCGAACUUGAAAAUGAUGCUAACCAAAUUAAUAGAGAACUGGUAAUUAUAAAAUUGUUUAUACUGGUUAUGUUAAGUGCUUUAUUAACGUCAGUCCUAUGUUAGUUUGCAUCAUUUGGAAGUUCAGUCUGUUCUUAAUUCCUUCUCUUGGUUUGUUAGAGGUUCCUCCUUUCGCGAUAAGCACCAGCCUGGUAGCCACAAGGAAUUGCGUGCAGGCGAGUGAGUAGGCUUGUAGAGGAAGGAGAGAGUCCUCUGUGCCCCGCAUAGAAACCAAGCGGGCUGGUGGAGCCCCCUUUCCCACACCAAAACAGAAAUUCAGUUCUCAAUCCCUCCUCUGCCAUUCACCAGAAGAUGUGUGUGUGUUGGCAGGUUAGUGACUUUAGUAGGCUUACUUGUAAGGCUGUUCUAACACUGAAACCAGGUGAUCCCAUGCAAGCAAAAGAGGGCCACUUAAAAUGAUGGCUGUUUAUGAAUGCCUGUGAAAUAUAGGCUACCAGGACCUUCCGAAUGCUGGAGGUGAGCAUAGGCCGCACCUACACAAUACUCUCAAAGUGUUUUGAUGCCAUUUUGACAGCUAUGGUUUCCCUCAAAAGGGAACAGUAGUCUUUUAAGGGUCCUGAGGAUUGUUAGGAGACCCCUGAUUGACUGUUAAACCAUUCUGGAAAUGGUAGCUCUGUGAGGGAAAUAGGAUUUUCCUAGCAACACUCUCCUCUCCUCUCAGCACUCUUAACAAGCUACAAUUCCCAGGCUUCUGUGGGGGAAGCUAUGGCUGUUAAAGUGGUAUCAUAGUGAUUUAAAUGUAUGGUGCAGAUAUGGCCAAAAUAGGGGGAAAUAGUUCUAGGCUAGCCAUCUCUCUAAAAGGGACGCGGGUGGCGCUGUGGGUUAAACCACAGAGCCUAGGACUUGCCGAUCAGAAGGUCGGCAGUUCGAAUCCCCGCGACGGGGUGAGCUCCCGUUGCUCAGUCCCAGCUCCUGCCCAUCUAGCAGUUCGAAAGCACGUCAAAGUGCAAGUAGAUAAAUAGGUACUGCUCCGGCGGGAAGGUAAACGGCGUUUCCGUGCGCUGCUCUGGUUCUCCAGAAGUGGCUUAGUCAUGCUGGCCACAUGUACGCUGGCUCCCUUGGCCAAGAAAGCGAGAUGAGCACCGCAACCCCAGAGUCGGUCAUGACUGGACCUAAUGGUCAGGGGUCCCUUUACCUAGCCAUCUCUCUGGUAAUGUCAGUUUUGUAGACGCAUGAGAUUAUUUUAAAGUGAAGAAAUGCAUUCCUGUUAUGAGUUGCACAAGACACAGGAUUGCAAUCUCCCUGAUUCAAAAGCCUUGUCUGAUGGAAUGCGUCACAUUCUCAAAUCCGAGCUCUGAUCCCAUCUGCAACCAAGGCAUAGGCACUUUUCACACAAGUUUUAGAUGGUCUUGCAUUUUUUUCUGGAUGAGGGAUAACCAAAUCAUGUGAUCAUUGCAUCCAUUCGUUUUGGGAGGCUCUUCUCUGCUUCGCCUUAACCACUGUGAUGAAUGAUGCUCCCCCUGUUUAAGGGGGGGUGGUCCUUGUAAUUGUUUGCUCUUCUGUCAGCACAGAGACUUGGCAAUUGUAGUUCAUCUCAACAGACAAGGGGCAAAGUUUGGAGUGGCAAGGAGCCGUGGGGUUCUUAUCUUUCUUUACCUCCCCCCUGGGACUUUAGCAUUAAGCAUAACAGAAGGACCCUUUUUUGACAUUCUUGCACCAUUUUGGUGCCUUGAAUCAAAUUGAGGCCUUUUACUCAAACCAUGCAGAUUGCUUGCAUUCAGUCUCUAUCUACUAUGUUAUCCUGGUGGAGAGCAGCCUGGUGUCUAGACUCCCUUACAACCUGUCAAUUUCAUUGCUAGACAGGAAGAUUACAUCCUGUUUCGAGGGGGGACAGGACACAACUUGAUACCUCUUCGGUACAUGGCUCCCUCAGACACCCCUUGGGGCCCACAAAGACUCUCCUCCUUUAUCUCAUUUUUUAAGGGGAGUUGGCCUGUUUGGGCUGUUGUGUGUGUAAAAUUUUCAUUUGAUUUGGGAUGUAGGGCAGAGUUUUUAUCCCAUUUAUAGGUUGGCCCUUGAGACAACUAGCAAUUUUCAUUCUCCCCCGCCCCAUAUCAUGCAUUGCUAAAGUGUCAUCUGUUGUAGCAGCAGCAACAAAAACACAUUGGACAACUUACACGGUCAUUUUGUUUGUUUGUUUAGAAUGUAUAACCCCCGCUUCCUCCCAAGAGGUGCCCAGUGUUUAAAAAGAGCUGUUGCAAACAGCUGUUAUCCAUCAUGGCUCAAUAAAGCCUCCAUCCUCAGAGCGAACAUAUCUCUGUGGACCAGAUAUUGGAGACGUCCCUUGUCUUCAUCUUCUGCUUUUGAUCACUUGGUUGGCAGGUGGCUGGCAGCUUUGGCGGGCACAGUGUUGGCAUCAAUGGCCCCUUCCUCAUUAGCCAGGCAUCUCGUUGUAGUUCGACUUUGUCCUUUUCAUGGAAAUGAAAAAUCUUCCCUAGGCAUUUUACCAUUCUCUGUAGCAGGGGAAGGGAAGCUUUUCCAGCCCACGAGCUACAUGCUAGAUGUCAGAGGCAAAAGUGGCCAGAACAAGUCAUGUACGUUUGGCCUUUGUACAGUGGCAGCCCUCUCUAUCCUCCAAGCUAGGCAAGCAAGAGGGACUGUCAGAGUCCAAAGGCACAUUCCAGCCAGGCAGAAACACUAAAUCAGGAUGUGAAACAAAACUGAUGAGCAGUGUUGCCUGCAGGGAGUUCCGAGGGCCAGGUGUCGAGGUCUUGGGGUCCACAUCCAGCCCCUUGGGCCUGAGCUUUGUCACUCCUGCUGUGUGCUCGACGCAAACUCGGCAGUGGUGCACCCACCAGGAUCUUACGCUGCUGAAAGUGGGGUGGAGAUACUUUAACCCUCCUCUCCUCAACCUCAAAAAAGGUGGUGUGGGUUGACAAAUUUGAGUGGCGGCUGAGCCUUCCUUUUCUGUUGCAGGACCUGGAGAAGGAAAGCGACACGCCUUUGCAGCAAGUAUCGAUUGAGGAGAUCCUGGAAGUGCAGCGAAUAGAGCAGCAAGCCAAGCAGGAGUCGGAGAAGCUGAAAGUGCAAGCGCUGAAGGAGCGGGGCCUCUCCAUUCCACGGGCUGAUACACUAGAUGAAUACUAG